GGUCAUCGGGGGAGAAGGAGGCCACGGCCUCGUCUGUGACGUCAGCGUCCGCUGCAGGCGUCACACGCCGUCCGUCCGUCAGUCAGUCAGUCAGAGCGCCGCCAUGGGGAUACCGACACUGUGCGCCGUGGUCGCCGCUCUGACGGUCGCCCCCGACAGAUCCCAGUUCUUCAGGUACGAGUCGGUGUCUCUGAGCUGUGGGGGGCCGGCGGCUCCCCCCGACUGGAGGGUGAAGAGGAACACGACCGCCAGGGCCAACCAAGACUGCGCAGAGGGACCCGACCGAUCGCGCUGCCACAUCGAGGACCUUUACCCGCUGGACUCCGGGACGUACUGGUGUGAGUCGGCGGGGGGGCGGCGGCGCGGGGAGGCCGUCGCCAUCUUUGUGGCCGACGGCGCCGUGACCCUGGAGAGCCCCGCCCUCCCCGUGGCGCAGGGCGACAACGUGACCCUUCGCUGCAGAACCCAGGCGACCUUCUCCCCCGACGUGCCGGCCAACUUCUACAAAGACGGCCUCCUGGUCGCCGGCAGCCCCGCGAGGAGCGUCACCGUCCACGCCGUCUCCGCGGCGGACCAGGGGCUCUACAGGUGUGACGUCUCCGGCGCCGGAGGGUCCGCAGCGAGCCGGCUGACGGUCAGAGCAGGCCGACCCGACCCCCCGACCCCCACCCUCGCACAUCCUGAGGUGGGCGUCGGCCUCUCGCUGCUGGCGGUGCUGGCGGUGCUGGCGGUGCUGGCGGUGCUGGUGCUGCUGGUGUUCUUCCUGUGGAGGAACCGCAAAGGCGAGGAGCUGUCGUACAGCGACGUCACCGUCACGCAGGGAGCCCCGCCCCCCGCCGCCCCGAAAGAUGAUCCGUCCUUCUACUCCACGCUGAGGAUGGGAAACGCCUGACAGGAAGCAGCGUGGAUUUAAGGAUUAAACUGCAGAAAUCAGGA